AUGGGGUUGCAAGCAGAGUCCGGAACCGUCUGUGUGACGGGCGCCUCUGGUUUCGUUGGCUCGUGGCUAGUCAUGAGACUGCUAGAGCGCGGCUACACUGUCCGAGCCACCGUGAGAGACCCUGAUAAUAUGAAGAAGGUGGGCCAUCUGCUGGAGCUACCGAUGGCGGCGACGCGUCUGACGCUGUGGAAGGCGGACCUGGACGUCGAGGGAAGUUUUGAUGAAGCCAUUAACGGAUGCAGUGGAGUUUUUCAUGUCGCCACGCCUAUGGAUUUCGAGUCUGAGGACCCUGAGAAUGAAGUGAUAAAGCCAACAGUAAAUGGGAUGUUAGACAUCAUGAAAGCAUGUCUCAAAGCAAAGACAGUUCGGAAGGUGGUGUUUACAUCUUCGGCCGGAACUGUCACCAUUGAAGAGCAUCGGAAGGCGUUUUACAAUGAGAACAACUGGACCGAUGUUGAGUUUUGCCGGAAAGUGAAGAUGACUGGUUGGAUGUAUUUUGUAUCCAAAACUCUAGCCGAGCAAGAAGCAUGGAAGUUUGCCAAAGAAAACAACAUCGACUUCAUUUCGAUUAUCCCAACUCUUGUAAUCGGUCCUUUUCUCGCGCCAUCUAUGCCACCAAGCCUCAUAACUGGACUUGCACCACUCACUGGAAAUGAAGCUCAUUAUGGGAUUAUAAAGCAAUGCCAAUACGUUCACCUAGACGACCUCUGCCUAUCUCAUAUAUUCCUGUACGAGCAUCCGACAGCCGAGGGCCGCUACAUUUGUUCAUCGCAUGAUGCUACGAUUCAUGAAAUUGCAAAACUGCUAAGCGAAAAAUAUCCCGAGUACAAUGUUCCUACCAAGUUCGAGGGCAUUCAGGAGAAGUUGACGAAUAUCCAUUUUUCUUCAAAGAAGCUGAAAGAAACGGGGUUUGAGUUCAAAUACAGCUUGGAGGACAUGUUUACAGGGGCUGUUGACACUUGUAAAGCAAAGGGUCUGCUGCCAAUUCCUUCAGAGGAAGAAGAAGCCGAAGAGCGCGGGGCUGGUUAAUUAGAACAUGCUGCGGGCGGUUCGUGUUAAUGCCUCCGGCCGGCUAAUAAUAUUACCUUCAUUAUCUCUCUCUUAAAAUUUCAAAUAAAUCAAUAAUUGUUGUCUAAUUAAUUAGACCAAAGUGUUUCUAUUGAGAAUCCAUUCAGACACUUUGAAUAAUUCGGGAUUAUAAUUAUGUAAUCUAUGAUUUGCAGUGCCAUUUUGUAAUGUUAACGUUGAAUUUGGCCACCAUCUGUAUCACUUUGAAGUUGCAUGCUAGGUCUGAGCUUAAACAAACCAGAAUUUUGUACGUAGACUGCUCCUUC